AUGAGUUACUUCGUAGAAACUUAUUUGGAUAACGACGUUAGUAUAUUUAGUCGUAGCAUGUGGAACCACUACGAAACAGACCAUACGAGGACAAUUAACCACCUCGAGGGUCGGCAUGCAACUCUUAACAGGACUAUAUGUCGACCACACCCAAACAUUUUUAUUUUAAUCAAAGAAUUAAAAAACCAGCAGCAAAACUUUGAACUUGAUAUUAUUACUCAAAAAAAAUGUAACCAAGCUCCGAAAAUGAGGAAAAAGUACAAAACUUUAGAAGACCGAUUAAAAACGGGAAAAGAGCGGUAA